AUGAGUACCACUGACGUCCUCGGCACUGCAACCACCUCAUCAUCGGGGAACCACUUGUGGGUACCAGACCCAAAAUCAAGCGAGCCUUCGAACGAGCCCAAGGCAUCUUCCUCCCGUUCGACACAGCUACUAAAGGACAGAAUUUAUGUCGGAAACUUGGGUCCGGUAGUGGACGAGUACACCUUACUCCAGGUUUUCUCAAAGUACGGAAAAGUCACGAAGCUCGACUUUUUGUUUCAUAAAUCGGGGCCCAACAAGGGGAGGCCUCGCGGAUAUGCUUUUGUCGAGUUCGAGAACGAAGCGGACGCAGAAAGGGCUUUAGCUGGUGCGAAUGGCAAGCUCCUUCGUGGUCGGAAACUCGUUGUCACGUUUGCGCACCAAGCUCCUUUAAGUAACUCUGAGAUUAGUGGGUCAUAUGGAGGCCGACCCAAAAAGGCCGACAGCACACCGACGGCUUUGAGUAUAGUGAAGAGCACGGGGGUUGGUCGUUCAGAAAUGUCCGUGUGCAUCUUCCUAAAUCCUUGUCGUUUUCUCACCUCGCGACUAGUAAGACUUCAAGAAAAAUUGCAAUAA